AUGAAAACUCCAAUAAACAAAAUAACGUAUAACGGUCUUGGAGUUGGAAACAGCACAGAUGGAGGGUUCGAUUUACAAAUUUACAGUAGUAAUGUUCGUUAUGCUGCCCCAUUUUAUAAGAGAAAAGCAGAUGAAUUACCUUGGAGUGAUAGACAAUACGGAGUAGUGGACGCGAUUGUUAAUAAAUUGAAUGACAACUUACCAAUAUUAAUAGGUUUACAAGAAUGUUUACAUCACCAAUUGGAAGAUGUGUUGAAUGGAUUAAAUUCAAAAACAACAGGUCAAUGGACUCAUUAUGGGGUUGGUAGAGACAAUGGUAAAAAAAAAGGAGAGUAUGCUCCAAUUGUUUAUGAUCAAUCAGUUUGGAAAUUCACGAACGGUUCAUAUAAAUGGUUAAGUCAUACCCCAAACAAACCUUCAAAAUUUCCAGGUGCAGGCACUAAAAGGAUGGUGACUAUUGCAACUUUAACACACUUACAAACAAAUCAAUCGAUAAAUUUUAUAAAUACACAUUUAGAUGCAAGAUCUCAAGCUGCAAGAGAUUUUGGCACAGAUUUAAUUAAUCAGUAUAUUCAAGAAAUUCCUAAUAAUUUUCCCACAUUUUUGAGUGGAGAUUUUAAUUCUAAAGAUACUGAUGAAGCUUAUAAAACAAUUCAAAAACAACUUAAAGAUUCUGCAAUUAGUUCAUACCAAGAUUUGAACAAAGAAUUGAAAACUUAUUCAGGCUGGGGUAACUCAAGUGGUUACAAUAUCGAUUUUAUUUGGUCACCCUUGAAUACCAAUUCUCAAUCAGGUGUUACUGCUUUGACCCAUGAAGUCAUAGAUAAUUUAUUUGAUUCUGGUCACAGAUUUUCUGACCAUAGGCCAGUUAUUUUAGUCAAUUUAAUUAUGAUAUCUAGAUUAGUUCCCCGCACAAGACGGAAUCUAGUGGCGUCUCUUGUCAAAAAAAAUACUCGAGUUACACCAUGGAUAACUAAAAGAUCGUUCCACCAGUCAUAUUACCAUCUACAAAAUAAAAACGAUGACAAUAAGAGGAAACCAUUCGAAGAUUAUCUGAAAGAUUUGGAGAAUUUGAGAAAAAAAUACGAACAAGUAUUCACGAACAGAGACGCACAACAGGUAUCAUUUCCGGAAAUCGAGCUUCCUAUAGAUCCAUUUGAAAGAAGAUACCUUGAUCGAUUAUCUCAUGUCUACAAAUUUAUGUUAAAAGUUUUUAAUGAAAAAUGUACAGAGUUUGAAAAAUUAGGUGGAGUCAUGGUUUUAGAUGACAAAAUAGCCGACGUGAUGAUUAAAGACAUACAAGAAGAAUUUGCCAAACAAUACCCAUCAUAUUCCCCUUUGACAAAAGAUGAGAUACUAGAGUCAGUAAAUAUAUAUUAUGUCUUAUCUAAUAGUUUGGGUUAUUUGGAUGAGUUGAAGUUCAGUAAUACGGAUGUUCAGAAUUUGUUGACUGAAUUUGAUAGAGCAGUUACAGAAAAUAAGGAUAUUGAAUCAAGUGAAAUAGCUAGAAAUUUAAAUCUUGAUCCUAAAGCUGUUCAACUUUGGUUUAACAUCUUUCAAACAUUGUUAUCAACUCCAUUUGCAGUAAAUGGGAAAAAAACUUUCCCAUUAUGUCCAAAUGAAUACAGAAUUAUAAAUGAUUUUAAAGAUAUACAACAAAAAUUGUCAAAACAAAAUUUUCAAAAUGAUAUUUUUGCAAAUUUUUUCAAACAAGCAGAUAGCAAAAACAAGAAGAAGAAUAAGAAGAAGAAUAAUAAAGGACCAAUCAACAUCGAAGUUGAAUUCACUCCGAAACAGAUAAUGCAAGCUAUUGCCUUAUUAGCGCUUGUGGUAUUAUUUUUAUCAUUCACUAAUAAUGAAAACACAAGGGAGAUUACAUUUCAAGACUUCAUAGCCAAUUACCUAAGUAAAAAUUUGGUGUCAAAAGUUGUGGUCGUAAACAAUUCAGUAGCUUAUGUUGAACUAAAUGAAAAUGGAUUACGUCAACAUGCUCAGAAAUUAUACUUCAACAUAGGAUCUGUUGAAACAUUUGAACGUAACUUACGUGAAGCUCAAGAUAAGUCCCAUAUUCCUUCACAAUUAAGGGUACCAGUAACUUAUACUUCCAGGGGAAGUACGACUAAAUUUUUGAUCAAUUUCUUACCCACUGUUUUAUUUUUAGGGGCUAUUUAUUGGAUGACCAAAAAAGCAGCUUCAUCAAUGGGUGGUAUGGGACCCAUGGGUUUUGGGAAAUCAACUGCCAAAAAGUUUAAUCAAGAAACAGAAGUUAAAACCAAAUUCAAAGAUGUAGCAGGUAUGGCAGAAGCUAAAUUGGAAGUCACAGAAUUUGUCAAUUUUUUGCAUAAUCCAGCAAAAUAUGAAAAAUUAGGAGCUAAAAUUCCAAGAGGAGCUAUAUUAUCAGGUCCUCCUGGUACAGGUAAAACUUUAAUAGCAAAAGCUACAGCUGGAGAGGCUGGGGUUCCAUUCUAUUCAGUGUCAGGUUCAGAAUUCGUUGAAAUGUUUGUUGGGGUUGGUGCUUCAAGAGUUAGAGAUUUAUUCAAAACUGCCAGAGAGAAUGCUCCAUCAAUUGUUUUUGUAGAUGAAAUUGAUGCAAUAGGUAAACAACGUUCGAAAGGAAAUGCAACUGGAGCUAAUGAUGAAAGAGAAACUACUUUGAAUCAACUAUUGGUUGAAAUGGACGGUUUUGACAGCACAGAUCAUGUGGUUGUGUUAGCUGGUACAAAUAGAGCAGAUAUUUUAGAUAAAGCAUUAAUGAGACCAGGAAGAUUUGAUAGGCACAUUCAUAUUGAUAAUCCAGAAUUACAAGGUAGAAAAGAAAUUUUUGAUGUUCAUUUAAGAAAAAUCACGUUAGAGAGAGAUGUUGAUAGAGACUUAUCUGGAAGAUUAGCGGCAUUGACGCCAGGUUUUUCGGGAGCAGAUAUUGCAAAUGUUUGUAAUGAAGCUGCGUUGAUUGCCGCUAGAUAUAAUGCUACAGCUGUUACAUUGAGACAUUUUGAAUUAGCUAUUGAAAGGGUUAUAGGAGGUGUUGAAAAGAAGUCGAAAUUGUUGAAUCCUGAAGAACAAAGAAUUGUUGCAUUUCAUGAAGCAGGACAUGCUAUUUGUGGUUGGUUUUUAAAACAUGCUCAUCCUUUAUUGAAAGUUUCAAUUAUACCAAGGGGCCAGGGAACUUUAGGUUAUGCUCAAUACUUACCACCUGAUCAAUUUUUGAUGUCAUCCUUACAAUUAUACGACAGAAUGAUUAUGACUUUAGGUGGAAGAGUAUCUGAGGAGUUACAUUUUGCUUCAGUUACAAGUGGAGCGCAUGAUGAUUUUAAGAAAGUAACAAACAUUGCUCAAUCCAUGGUCUUGAGAUUUGGUAUGUCACCAAAAGUUGGUAUGGUAAAUUACUAUGAUACUAGGUCACAAGAUGAUUUGACCAAACCAUUUAGUGAUGAGACAAGUAAAGAUAUUGAUGGUGAAGUUCAAAGAAUUGUCAAUGAAUGUUAUAAUAAAUGUAAAGAAUUAUUAACGGAAAAAUCUAAAGAAGUCAAUUUAGUUGCUCAGGAAUUAUUGAAAAAGGAAUUUAUUACUAGAGAAGACAUGAUUAGAUUAUUAGGUAAAAGACCUUUCCCAGAAAAUAAUGAUGCAUUUGAUAAAUAUCUAGAUGGUGAUCAAGCUGCUUUUAAAAAUGAACAACCUAAAAAUGAGAAAAAAGAUGAUGAGAAAGACAAUAAAACUGACGAUAAGCAGUAA